CUUACUUGCAAGUUGGUCAAGAAGUAUGCCAACGUUGUUAUAACGGUUUAAUGCAGUCAUCAGGUGCGAUGAAGGAGUAUGCAAAAGCAACUUCUAAUAUUCAACAACUCGAUGCUAAUAUCUUAGAUCCAGAGGCUAAUAUGUUAGAUCCAGAGCGUAAUUCGAAUAAGCCCGCAAUAUUAUUAGAGGGAAAAAAGAAAAGAAAACUUGUGAAUGAUACUAAUAUUUCAAUGCCAACUAUUGGCAUUGUUGCAAAUACUCAACACCUUCCUCUAGGUUUUAGCACUUCACAAAAACCUAAUCAAUCUGUUUUGUGUGAUUAUUCGUUAUGUACUAAAGCUGAUAUUCAUGUAUAUACUAACUUAUUAUUCCCUAAUUUAAAAAUAUUAGCCUGUGGUCAUAAGUAUCACGUAGAAUGCUUAGAAGAAAUUGGUCAAAAGUGUCCUCCUUGUCUUGAAUUCUUGAAGAAUGGAAUACAAGUAAAUGUGAAUCAGUUACUGGAGCUUCAAGAAAAUAUACCAGAAGAGGCUCAAGAAAAUAUAACAGAAGAGUUUAUAAGCGAAACAAAUGAAGACGGCGAUAAUGUUAUUAUUAUUGGUAGUAACGAAGAUACAGUACUCGAUAGUUUGCUGCAAAAGCUCAAAGAGUUACAACAAUAA